GGCAGUCAGCAGCGUGAGAAGAGACGUUUUUAUCAAUCAAUCGUGAGUUUGUUCGGCAAGCGGAGGUUUGCAUCAUUUUCGAUGAGCGUUUUCGCAGACAAGUUUUUGCGUGUGCUUCGCGUGUGAUUUUCUCGGAUCGUGCGAUCAUUCCAAAAGAACGGUUCGAAUCAAGUGUAUCGUAUUAUCUUCCGGAGGAACCUUGAAACUGUUCCGCGGUUUUUUUGGUGAAGAAAAUAGCGCAUUCUCGCUGCCCGGGACCAGAUACCGUACGGUGCAUUUGUGUUGGUUCCGCGCGGCCAGAUAGUGGACGAAUUCGUGGAAGUCUAGCAGAAGGCGCGUGAGUGUGUAUUUGUGUGCGGCAGGGAUGGCACAGCAACACAAGCUGCACUCUCGGGACCAGUACCAGCAGCAAUUCGUGGCGACCGUCGCCGGAGGAACUACUGGCAUAGGAGGAACAACCGGUCACGGCAGCAAUAGCGAAAAGCGCAAACAUCGCGUGUUAGAGUGUGAUAGUGAUGAAGAUGAUUUCGCUGGAUUCGACGAGGACGCCACCCGUAGCGAGAACGGACGUUUAGGACAGUCGCCCAAUUUAUCAAAUUCGAUUUCCGCUUAUGUGAAUCUUAAAAAAGCUCGUGAUCUGCAGGCAGCUCUUUCGAAACCAUUACCAUCAGCAGCAGCAGCACCAUCGUCAUCGUCAACAUCAUCCGGAGCGCCGCCAGUGACGGGAGGUAGUGGUUCGGCUGCUUCGGGUGUGAGCUCUCUUGCGGCAGCAACAGCAGCAGCAGAAAAACAGGACGAAAUGGAAUCCGGUCUGAUGGGAUUCGGCGCCACAGGAAGUGGAGGUGGGGCAGGCAUAUUUGAGCCCAGCGGAAAAGCUGCCAUGUUAAUGGCGGCGGCCAAUCAGGCCAAACGGAAAGUGGUUGCCCCUGUCAACGCACAAGACGAGGCAUUCAAGCUACCCUUUAAGUUCGGCUGGAAACGAGAAUUGGUAUACCGUGCAAACUUGGACGGUAAUAGUAAAGACAAAGGCGAGGUUUACUAUAUUACGCCAUCUGGAAAGAAAUUGCGCACGAGAAAUGACAUUGUCAUGGCCCUACAGGAUGGUCUCACUAUGGAUAAUUUUACCUUUAUAAAAGAUCCAGUCGGAGGUUCGCCCGAUGAGGAAAUUAUUAGGAGUGCCAAAUCGUACGGAACUACACCGCGGCGGUCGGUAAAUUCAGUCGCUCCACCUGUGCUGGAGUCAUCAUCCGAUAACAGCCUAGGUAAACGCAUUCCAAAACCAAAAAUGCCCAAAGGAGCCAGCCCGCCGCCUCCUGCUUCAUCAGCUCGUUCUUCACUGGGGCAAUCGCGGACGCCACCUUCUUCGCGCUCUAAUUCCCAAACGUCGCCUAAAUCGGGCGCCAUCGUAGGAGGUCAUCGAGGCAUCGCCGGAAAUGCCGUUGGACAAAAACUGAACGAGAAUGCUUUCGGUGCCGCCAAAGCCGGAAAGCUCAAGAACAAAGUGGAAACGUGCACCAUCCAGUGUCUCCCGGCGAUGGGGAUGAUUCCUCAGCUGCAGUGCAUCUCUUGUCUGUGCAUGUACCAUCCGGAGUGUGUUGAAGCAACUACGGCUGAAAUUCUAGCGCGAAGGUUUACGUGUAAGAUUUGCAUGGAUGAACAAUCAGCCGCUCCGGAUCUCUCAGAAAGCGUGACACCUUUCGAUAAACCCAUCAUGACAAAUCCCGUCACAACGCCAAUGCAACCGUUGGCAACGCAGUCCCUGAACAAUGGAAAUGCAGCUACUGCUCCAGUGAUCGAUAAGCAGAAGAAACCCCCUCCACCGCAGCAACCACCCAAAACCGGCCCUGGCACACCAAAGACUGGUGGAAAAGAUCCACCUCCGCAGGACGUGAUAGUGGUUGGAAAUCAUCAGUUCAUUGUCGUUCCGAAAGGCAAACCGGCUCCUCCAAAGGCUGCCAAAAAGCAAUCCAAGCAACCGGCACAACAACCAGCUCCAGUUCAGCAGCAGCAACAGCCACAGCCAACUUUUCCCCAACAACAGCAAGAAUCACCAGCAGCAGCCCCACCACCACCACCACCGCAGCAACAACCAUUACAGACAUUACCAGCUGUCGUGGACGACAGUCGAAAGUCAGUCGGAAGUGGUGCUACAAAACAACAGGCGACCAAUCAAACCAGCAAUCGAAGCUUUAUCGCAGCAGAUUUGGCGGCCAUCAGUCAGAACAAUAGCAAUGCACGGACGUCAUCGCUAGCUGCCGGAAUUGAGCAGAAUCGGAUGUUUGCAUCGAACUUCUUCUCUAACGUAUCGGUUGGAUACGAUGUACUUCAGCAAACGUUCCAAUAUCUCAAAGUGCAGGAAUUACUGCGUGCCAGCUGCGUGUGUCGAAUGUGGAACCAGGUUGCCAAUCAUCCCAGACUGUGGAGAACUGUUCGAAUGAAGAAUUCACACGUCAACGAUUGGAGUGGUUUGGCGCACACCCUUCGCCAAAAUGGCACCAAGCAUUUGGAUCUGCGGAAGAUGUUGAUCUCGGGCAACAGCGACGAAAUGUGGCACAGGUUUGCGGAAAAUAUUUCGCACGUCGAAAACUUGGAGAGAAUCGAUCUCUGUCGAUGUUCAUCGACUGUGGUUGGCAAUUUGAUGAAGUCUAAUCCAAAUCUCAAGGUGAUCAACGCCCUUGCGAUCAAGAAUGACCCUCUGGAUUUCUCCAACUUUGAAUACGGACAGUACCUUCAUGAGCUGAGGCUCAAAUCAUCCGCAGCCGUUUCUGUGGAAAACGAGCUCUCGCAACUUGGUUUCCUCAAGAAUCUACGGCACCUUUCGUUGACGUCGAUUCAAAAGCUGGGUUCUACCUCGAUCAAAUCUUUGGAGAACUUGGUAAAUUUAGAAUCGCUAGAAUUGGGCGAAUGUACCGAAAUUGGGCAGAACUUUGCAGAAAUUCUUCCGUACCUAACUAAACUGCAGCGACUACGAUUGGAAAAAGGUCAGGAGAACUUCAACAUGUUUGCAGUGUUGGAAGGAAUCGCAGUUCUUCCAGACCUGAAUCAGUUAGAGCUUAUCAACUGCGAUGUAAAAGUUGGAUUCGACAAACACAUCAACAAAUGUAGCAAUAUCAAAAAGUUGCUCCUCAUCCCGACUUACGUGUCGCAAUCUGCGGCCACAAAUCACAUGGUGCUUAGCGGAAUAGCAAAGUUGAAAGAUUCUCUCGAAGUUUUUAUAUGGACCGUAACGGUGGAAUUGUUGCGAGUCACGGAACUGUACAUAGAUCAAUGUGAUACGAAAAACCGCGAUGACAAGAACAGUCCCGGCGAGAGCAUACCAAUUCUGAAACCGGUCCCAGGGGUGGACGAGGUUCCGGUGGCCAACACCUCUAACCCAGCCGAUACUCCGGCGCAGGUAGAAAUCGUUCCCCUUACUACCGUUAACAGCAUCCUCGAUCGAUCUCUCCCCAAGACGAAGCUGAAAAUCCUGAAGAUCCCGUUUGCCAGCACCUGGAAGCAAGGUAUGAUUGAGUUACCUUAGAUUCUCGUUGUUUGAGUAUGUUUGUGUCCAGAGCCAGCGUGAUCCGGAGGAAGCCCAUCAUUUUAAAUGUAAAACUUAGAGGUAAAUUAUUCGUAUUAGUUCUCUAUGUGUAUCCUGUAAUAGUUCCAUAUAGUGUAGUAGAGAUGUGUAAGGUGAAUCAUCAGACACAAGAGGAAGUAUUUCGCACUGUACAUAAAUCACAUUUGUUUCCAACUGUCUGGUUGGUUAUCGAAGGAUUACCCAUUAGAGUCCGCUGUUUUACGCGGCUUACCCUUAAACUCGACUCCUGAAAUUGUCUCGUCAGAUUGACACAAAAAUUGAUGAGUUGGUUGUUGAUUGGAUGAUAAAUUUUAUUAAAAAAAUGUUGAAGAACGAAACAAUAACGCGCUUUUAUCAGAAACAUUUGCUUCAAGGCCACUUUUAUCAUUUUUAGCUAAGUUCGACAGUAGCCGAGCUUAAGCGGAUAUUUUUUCGACAUUAUGAUGUAAAAAAUUCUAUUUAGGUUUACGGCAUUUGCUUUUCCCAUCACGUGCACCCUUCUAUGUAGUUGAGUAAGUUAAGGAAGAAGAGAAUAAACUAUGUUUAGGCAUGUGA